AUGCAUACAGAGAAGGAAGUGGCAAAUGGGCUGGGGAACAAUAUAACAAAAGAAGAGGAAGCUUGGCUUUGUGAGUGUGAGGGAGCAAAGAUGAGCAGCAAGAACUUGGAUUCCAGAUCUCUGAUACAGGGACUUCGUAGCUUUGAUAAUGAAGUUCCCCUCUUCGACUUCGGCCAUCCUCUUCUCAAUCGCGUCUCCAACAGCUUCCUCAAAGCUGCUGCGAUAGGAGCUAUCCAAGCUAUGUCCCGUGAGGCUUAUUUCACGGCUGUCGAAGGAGCGAGCCUUGAUAAUGGUGGCAGCAUCGUACCCGAUGUUUCAGAUGCCAAAAGAGCUCGUUUUCCUGCAGAACAGCCGGAGGCUACAACAGUGGAACCCAAGGCUCAUUCAAUAACAGCGGAUCAGGCGCUCAAAAUUUCAGAGACGUCAACUACAACAACGGCUCUUAUUCCGGCAACCGUUACGAUCCUCCUUACUACCACAACGCCGCCGGCGGCAACUUUAUUCACAUCAGUGGCACUACACAUGGCAACGGCAACGGAAGCAUUGUGAACAAUAGAAGCCCUGUUCCUUCCAACCGAAACCCAUAUU